UCGCCGAUUUUAUAUCAGCAGAGUCAACAAUUAGUUGGGUAUGGCUAGGUCCACUAGUUCAGUGAUCUGUAGGAUAUGCUACUACAGCUAGCCUAGCGUUAGCCCGUUAGGUCGCCAUAGGAGAGGGAUGAGGAGGUGGAAUAACUGUGCAUUUAUCCAGCGGCGUUAACGGCUUUUCCCCCCUAGUUUAAGGUGGAGUGAGGACCGCGCCUGUAUGUUGCUGCAGUGCAGAUCGAGGAUGCUGCGCCGCAAGCCGACCCGUCUGGAACUGAAGCUGGAUGACAUUGAGGAGUUUGACAGUGUGAAGAAGGAGCUGGAGAGCCGGAAGAAACAGAGGGACGAGGUGGAUGUGGUGGGAGUGGCAACAUCCGGGGAAAUGGGAGGGGCGACGGGCGGCAGCAACGAGGGAAAGACCCGGGAGCAAAUGAUCAACGAGCGCAUUGGCUACAAGCCCCACCCCAAACCCAACACCUUGCCUUCCCUCUUCGGAAACCUGCAGUUUUAGGGCCCCCCCAGACGUCCUUCUGAAAGGACGGAUCGCCUGGACCGAACCCUCGCUUGAAAGGGCAGGAGGGGUUCUUCCAGCGCCAGUAUCAAGUUUGCACAUUGACUUUAUUUUUACUUUUUUAAUGCUUCCUCGGCUUCGUCCGAGGGCCUCAGGGGUUAUCCACAGUUCUGAGACAGUCUUGGUGUUACAAACCCCAGCAGAACAUGUUGAAGAUGCUCCCACACUUUUGGUUGUUUGCUAACAUUUUCUUGUUUUCAUGUGAACCAGCAGCAUUGCUUACAACUGAAACUGAAAAAGUGAAUGUCUGAGUAAAAAAAAAAUUUUUCCUUUUUAAAUAUACAAAUAAAAACCAAUGUUUACCUCUG